AUGAGCAUCUUCAGUACCAUGCUGGAACAAUGGCAUGUCAGCCUUGGGGUUUUCUUCUUAUUGUCUUCCCUGGCAAUACUUGUGGUGGGAAAACAACAGCGAGCGGCUGUCUUAGAUAAGCUUUAUAUCCGUCGGCGGCGUGCUUCUGGAGCCUCAACACCACCCCGCUCCUUCUCCCCGGAUAAGAAGACUGGAGGCACUCGAGGAUCUUCUUUGCCUACGUCCAUUACUGACUUCGUCAAUGCUUUCCCACCCUCGAGAAGAUUGGUUCUUCCAGAGCUUGCCAAGACAACAUCUCCGGAAAAUGCAAAGAUCCUACUAGCGACAAACCCGGAUGCUGAGACCCUCGUCAAGGAAGCAUUGCCAACUACCCGUGCUUACGACCUCCAGAAUGCUUCUCCAAAGUAUACACCAACUGGAUUUUCUACGGCAGAAAUAAAAGCAAUGGGUGAUUUCCCAGCUUACGAUGUUUUAAGCGGAGUUCCACUACCAGCACCAUAUGCAAAUUUUGAUCCAACAAAAGCCCUCCCGAGACCUUACCGACCUUUUAGAUGGGCCUACCACCAGACAAUGUCAUUUAACAAAAUAGAACCGGACUGGUGGCUGGAAGUCGAUAAGCAAUAUGCCUCGAGAGUGAAAGAGCGUCAAGAACUCUUCAGGAAAUAUGGUAGCAAAGUCCUCGACUUUCUACCCGGUUCCGAGCUUGUUUGCAAAGAGCUCAUGGAGAUGUGCCUUCAGUUCUACUGCGCAAGAUACCCAGCCUAUUUUUCCUUGUCCUCAGACAAGAGCACCUUCCAUAACAAACUCUUACAAACGGACACGGAUAUCAAAAGUAUACAUCCGCUGCACGUACUAUUGAACAAUAUCCCAGAGGACUUUGGAAUUGUACUUCGAAACGAGAAAGAUGGCAUGUACUACUUCCGAGCAGGUCUGAUAUGCAGUUCCCUUGGUUGGAACGUUGGCACGAAGAUUGGCAUGUCACUACAACAAAUUCACCAACCUAUUCCCGAUUACAAGGAAAAGAUGUCUCUCAGCAUGGAUCGAUAUUUUAGCAAGAUGCCAACACAUGCACCGAUACAACGCGGCAGCUGGGGUCUUGAGGUAGGAACUCCAUUAUUCAUGCCGCCCGGCGACCCCCACGAAAAGCUCCGCGAAAUCCAGAAUGCCGACUUGAGCAUCGAAGACUGCCAUUUGAGGGUCGACUGGCAAACCCUACGAAGACUGCCACUCAGUGGAGGUAUCGUCUUCAACUUCACAGCAUUAUUCACUCCUGUCCAGGAAUUUAGAGACGAGCCCUAUAUUCCUGCGCUGUGCCUGAAGACAUUGAAAGAGGGAAAGAAGACUCUGAUGGACUACAAGGGUACCUGGCACGUGGAGCACGUAUGUAUCCCGGAGUUGGAGAAAUAUGCUAGAGAGCAGGUUGAGAAAGGGUUGGUGCGGCCAGAGAAUCCAGAUGAGACAGAAUGGAGCCCGGCUACGCUUGCAGAGAGCCCAUUCUUUCCAGGAUGGAAAGAGAAGUGGCACCGGCAACAAGGGUUCUAG